AUGGAUACAACCUACCAGGACCUUGCCAACAACAUCGUUGCACUCUGGAAAGCCAAAUCAGAAGCAUCCAGGUCGCAUCCGAACAUCACCAGAGGCAACGAGCGCAUCAUCAUCGGACUGGCUGGCCCACCAGGAUCCGGCAAGAGUACACUCGCCUACAAAGUCGCGAAAAUAGUCCAAUCAUUUCCGGCAGGACCGCGAGUGUCCAUUGUGUCACUCGAUGGGUUUCACUUGACACGGGCGGAGCUCAGCGCAUUACCAAACGCCAGUGAGGCCUUUGCUCGCCGUGGCGCCCCGUGGACCUUCAACGCAGCAGCCGCCACGAGACUGGUACAGCAAUUAAAAAGCACAUUUGGCAACCAAGAUCUUCUUGUUCCGACAUUUGACCACGCCGUCAAGGAUCCUGUGCCAGGUGGAUUGGUUGUGGACAAGGAUACAGAGGUAUGCAUUGUCGAGGGGAACUAUGUUCUCAGCAACGAGGGUGCGUGGGCCUCGAUUGCGGAGUUGCUGGAUGAGAGAUGGUUGCUAGACGUCGAUCCGGCUGUGGCAAGGUCCAGAGUUGCGGCGAGACAUUUGUCGAGUGGAAUUGAGCCGACGAUGGAGUUGGCGCUGGCCAGGACGGAUUACAAUGACAUGCCGAAUGGACGUUUGGUGAUGGAAAGCAGCAAAAAUCGUUAUGAUCGACUAAUACCCAGUAUCGAGGAUGCUGCUCAGAGAUAA